AUGGCGGACGCAUGGUCUUCCGACACUACCUCAGAUUAUUGCAAUGAAUGUUUUUCUGAUAUUUCAUCGGAAAAAUCCCUGGAAUACGUUAUAGUUGGCCAAAAACCAAGUGCAACACAUCGUAAGAGUAAAAGGAAUUUCCUGCAAAAGUUAUUUACGAGAGAGAUCAGAGGAUCUUUUUCGGUUCACAAUAAUGCUCCAGAGGAAAGACUGUUUUCGUCGAUUCCUUCAUGGCGACACUUGCCUCUUGUCCAUGCAGUUCCGAAAUCAGCUCUAGAAGCAGGGCACGUUAUUAUGGGCUUGACGCAAUGUGGGCAAUUUUUAUUAACCUACACAUACAAUGUUGAGCUGAGUGGUACCAAUACAAUUUAUAAAUAUUUGCUGCACUGGUGGGCAUUUACGCCGAACCGGGUGGCUCGUAAAGUUGCGGAAGUUACUCUUUUCGGCAACUUUACAAUCUACAGAGAACUUAGUAUAAUUAUAGCUCAAUGGCCAAUGGAAAGGAACAAGCUCGUCAUACACGGUCUUUGUUCCCACUGGCUCAAUCUGCAAAGAAUGGACAGGGCAUACUUAACGAUUACCACUGUUCCAUCCUUAGAUAACUGUAGAGAAUGUUUAAAAGUCGCGGCCUCUUACGAAGAAGAAGGCGAAGAUCUGGCAGCAAAUUGGGACAGUUGUGUCCGCUGCAACUGUCUCCAACACGGAUUGACAGCGCACACCACCUACGAGAUACUCUCUCCCUACCCUAGAUUCCGAGCUGUUGUAUGUCUAAACUACUCCAACCACGUAGUCGUGAAUACCGGAAACUUUCUGCACGUCCUUAGAGUGGAUCUGAACAACAAGAACAGAAACCAGAAAAGCAACGACAGACAAGAACCUGGCAUCUCGGACAUGGUGCCCCUGGAUGUGAGUGACGUCGAAGAGUCCGAUGACCUUCGACCCGAUCUUCGUUACGACACAUCUUAUGAUAAAGGAGGCACCCCUGAAAGCGUAGUGGACCAAUCUCCCAAGUGCGAAUCAAUCGUUGACUACGAUUUCUGCGACGAGCUCAACAAAUCCGAAGAUUCCGCUGGGCGCGAGUUACCGGUGAAUACCUCUAGCACGAAUCAAAGCGACUACGUCUGUGAUAUUAAUAAAUCUAGUAAUAGUAUAAACCAUAGGGUAUGUGAGUGUUUGGAGAGCGUCGAAAGUGAGUGCGAAUGCGGAAGUUCAAGUUCCGCACCUAGAAUCGAGCAGGCUUCCUCUGUCAGAGACAAAAUCCUGCAAGACUUUUGUGAGGACAUGUCCCAGGAGUUGAACAUUGGCAGUGACCUAAUCACUCUCGUGAAACAUCCCUCGUGUUCGCCUCGAUCGACUCCCCAGAGACUUCCAGCGGAUUUCAAACAUAUCUGGAGCUCUCCAAUUCCCAACCCACCUUCUGAUAUUUUGCGAACGCGAAAUUCGGUCUCUAGUCAUAAGAGUUUACGAUACCAGGAAGCAAAAUCCCCACAACCCGGAGUCUCCCAGGACGUGUCGAGUAUCUGUAUCACUUCUAUAAACUCUCCGCUUCAUACUUUGUCAAUAAGUCCGUCGCCUUCAUGUUCGCCAAGAUUGAUGUCACCACCGGUCACUAGGUCUUUUCGACAUCUGAGUCCAAGAAAAAGGUCUAGUUUGCAGUCUCCACCACCUCCGACUCAGCCGAGAACUAGAGCCACGCAUAAGUUAACUUUGGAAGCUGAGAAGGCUUAUGAGUUCACGGAUGAGGCUCAAGAGACGUGUGAGAAAUUAAGUUCCUUCAGGAAGCGCCGAUUGGCUGAUAAAAAGUAUGAGUUCUGUGAUGAAGCUGAAGAUGCGGAGAACAUAGUUCCUUUUAAGCAUAUCAGAGAUCAGACGAAGCAUCCUGACUGCUCUGUUUAUCAACUGACAUCGCCAGCUGGAUCUCCUGUCGUGCCAAUUGGAAGGCACAAUCGGGUGGAUUCCGACCAUAGUGAGACUGAUGAAAUAAACUCUGCUCAAGACAUCACGAUGUUUAAUGAUCUGCAGAAUUUUGAUUCUGUUGAGAAAAACGUGCUUCGACCUCUCAAUCAAAACCAGUUGUCUAAUGGAAGUUUAGCCCGCGAUAGAUCAAAUAAAAAUUGUUUGAUCUCCUCAUCAUUUGUUCCUAAAGGCAUUGCACAAAAUCCUGUUAUAAAAUGCACUACACGUUUCAAGCGAAACUAUAUAGAGUUGGACGAUGAAAUGAUAUCUGUGAUCACAGAUGUUGAAGACGAAGAAACGGGAGGAUAUGUCAGUUAUCAGUGUGUUUUACCCAUGAAUGUUCAUGGAUCUGGAUAUGCCCAGAUGAACAUGAUAAGCAAUAGUAAAGCGGAAAAGAUGAUGAUACCGUGUGUCUCGGUAAACCAGUUAAGUUUCGAUAUUGAAACUUUCUCACACCACGUCGCAGACUGGAUUUGUAAAAUCUUUAAAAAAAAGUAUUGGUACUGUAGUGAUUACGAUAUAGAAAUAAUUAACAUAUGUGCCCUGACGGGAGAUAUUAUCUGUUUGCUCAUAAUGAAGAUUCAAGCCAGUGAAAAUUGUAGCCAAGGACAAAGUUCACAGGAAAGAAAACAAUACGAAGCCUGUUGCAAAUUUACAUGGAAUAUAGACACAAGUUUAUAUAGAGUGACCCACGUUUUGCCCAUGAUAGAAGUGAUACCAGAUUGGAUUAAGCCAAAUUCCGUGAAAUCGCCGAAUGGUCGAAAUCCUAUCUGGAAUCCCACCAGGCGAUUAGCCCCAAAAUUGCGGGAGAGCAAUCAGCAGCCUUAUGCUCGCACUGUACGUUUCCUUCACAACGAAAUGACCCUGGCAGGUGAAUCAAUCAGCAGAUUACAAGAUCUGGACAAUCUUGUUGAAUUCUACAUAACACCAGUUUUCUCCAGUGGUAGUCUCUAGACUAAAAACACAUUGCGCCGAAGCCUGAUUAUUUAUUCUAACCGAAUUCCUCUUUGCGCCGAAGCCCAAGUAGGUUUAAGUAAAGAUCAACGACGUAAAUCGUAAAAAUAAUAAUAAGUUAUUAAUUUAUAAGUGGAAAUCGCGUUUAUUGUUAGGUGAAAAGAACAUAUUCAUCGAAUAAGUGCGCAGAAAGUGCAUAAUGUGUUUAAUUGUAUGUAUAUUUUAAAGUAUUACUUAUUGCAAUUGUAAAUAAUAAUGACGACAGUCAUUUUACAUAAGUUUUAAUGUUAAACUUUUCUUUGAUGGUAUCUUUAGAUGCGUUAUAUAGAAAGGAAUUUUAGAUUUUACUGAAAACUAUAUUUUAUGCAGACUAGCCUUGUAUCCCUUUUGUGCAGUACAAAUCAACUGCAGAUAGACAAACUCUACUGUAGAUAAGUUAAUACAUCAUCUUUACAGUUAGAUGAGUUUUUUUUUUAGAUAAAUUCAUAAAUUGAUUGUCGAUUGUUUCCUUUUGGAACGCUGUUGUCAAACUAUAACGAAAAAUCAUCAACCGAAAAUGAUUUUGGUCCCGAAACGAAGCAUAGCUAAUGUCUGCGAAAUGACUUUUACUUUUGACUGACUUAGUACUCAUACUAAGAGCUUAUUUUAAUUUUUGUAAAUCUAUGUUCAAGAUUACUCCACUAGGUCUUUUUUAUUUUUUUACUAAUCGAAUUAUCACAGAGAGGCAUACUACUUUGUAAUUAAUGUAUGCGGCUGUUGUGUAUCUAUGAAUAAAAUUUGCAGUUGUAAAUUA